CCGCGAUACACACUGAUUGGUUCAUCCUACCUGAACUUGCUUCCCUCCAUCAACAUGCCCGAAAUCGACGUCCUCAUUGUCGGGGCAGGUCCUACCGGCCUAACUUUGGCCAUUGAAUUAGCGUCGAGAAAGAUCGACUUCCGCAUCGUGGAAUCAAGGGAAGAAGUAUCCGAUAAAUCAAGAGCGCUUGUGGUGCAGCCUCGGACACAGGAGUUGCUCUAUCGCUAUGGAGAUGUCCAGGAACUCAUCUCACGGGCACGGCAACCGAUUGGCAUCGCGACGUGGAUCAACCAGAAACCAGUUCUCAACAUCACUUUUGGCAGCUCUGAUGAACUCUCCCGCGAAUAUGGGACCGACUUCCCGCGGCCUUUGUUGGCAUCACAAGCUGAGACGGAACGCUUCUUAAGCAAACGCCUGGAGGAGGUUUCGAAGGUCCUGCCUGAACGAGGAACUACGGCACAAUCGAUCACCCAGGAUGAGACCGGAGUUUCGGUGACACUCAAUAGGGGAUCACAAGUUGAAAGUCUUCGCUGCAAAUAUGUCGUCGGUGCAGACGGAUCGAACAGCACCGUUCGGGAAGCCGGCACGAAGUUCCAAUUCAAAGGCGCAGAGUACCCGCAGGAGUUCCUCCUCUGCGACUGUCGCGUCAAGUGGAAGCAGCCGCAGGAAGGCAAGGCGAUGUUCAUGCUUGGUCAAGGCUCACUUAUUGUCAUCCCACUUGACGACGAUGUUAUUCGGCUUGCCGGGAGCAGCUGGCUCGGAAAGACAGAAAGAGACCCGACGCUACAGGACUUCCAAGACCAGCUCGACAAGAUGGCUCCAGGCCAAGGGGAGCUCUUCGACCCUAUUUGGCUGAGCAAGUUUCACUUGUCCAACCGUGGCGUGAACAGUUACCAGGAUGGACGACUUUUCCUGGCAGGAGAUUCAGCUCACGUUCAUAGCCCUGCCGGUGGCCAGGGCAUGAAUACUGGCAUACAAGACUCGAUCAACCUGGGCUGGAAGCUCGCGGAAGUCCUGAAAUGCAGGAGGGGUCCCAACUUCCUCGACACGUAUAAUAACGAGAGGUCACCGGUGGGAAAGACGGUUCUCGCCAGGACCGACCGCAUAUUCACAGUCAUGACAUCGCAGAACUUCGUUGCCACCUUCCUUCGCAAUUAUUUAGGGCCGAUUGUUCAACCCCUCAUAUUUAAGGACUCGGAUCGCUGGAAGAUGGCCUACAGAUUCUCAUCUCAACUUCACAUCCGCUACAGGAAGAGCGACAUCGUGGCUACCGGCAGCAACUUUAGCGGUCCGGUCCGCGGAGGGGAUAGAGCCCCGAAUGGCACCUUGAUAGGCCUGGACGGGCAGGGGAAGCUUCAUGAUCUCUUCCGCUCUUUGGACUACCAGCUUCUUCUGUUUACUGGACUGGGUGAUAAUUUCGUUUCCGAGAAGGAGUUGAAUGCUGCUGCUUCUGGCUGUGGACCUAUUGACGUCCACAUCAUCUCCAGUCAAGAAGAUAUGGGGUAUUUUGAUCAAGACGGGAGCUUGCACCAGUUAUAUGGAUUUGACAACCCCGGGUACGUCUACGUUCGUCCAGAUGCCUAUACGGAACAUAUUGGCUUGCUUGAUAGAAUUGGUGAGCUUGAAAUAUGGAUAGCAAAGCAUAGGCAGGUGGAUGCUUAGACUAGGAAGCCUGAGAUGUACGUUGUAACGAUUUCUGUAUUCACAUGUGUAAUAAUACUCUAGCGGUAGCCAAUUUCUGCAGAAAACUUGACCUGUGAUCCAUUCAUUGACUCAGCACAUUAUU